CCGACUUAUUUUGUGAUCACUCUUAUUUUAUGAAUGAUCGACGAGACUGUUAAGGAAAAACGAUUAGAAAAAUGGGAAAAAUGAUUAGAAACAAGCUAAUUAAUUCUUGAAAUCCGUUUCUCAGUGUAGUUGUUAGGAUAGUUUUUCUUUUUUUACGUUCCAGAAGACAUUUGUACAUAUCCUGUUUGGGUGGCUGACGUAUCAAAAUUAAUCUUUGAAAAUUGAUCAUUCGGAUAAAUUGAUACUUUUUUGGUAUUUCAGGUACUCAAAGCGAAAGCCAAACGUUUUCAAGCAAUUCGAGCAGUGUCUGAAAACUGCAUGUUGCUGGAAGAGACGGACAAUCAAGCCGAUGAGACUCUGUAGGCUUCUUGGUGAAGGUGAUAUCGCGCUUUCCUUCAGUGGUUGCGGAUUUCUUGGUGUUUAUCAUUUUGGAGUCCUUCAAGGACUCAAUCGCGAUGGAAAGGCUUUGAUGAAACGCGUAAAACGUUGUGCGGGUGCAUCAGCAGGUUCUCUAGCAGCUGCUUUGUGGGCGUUUCAACCUGACGAUACUGAGAAAGGUUUCAACGAUGUGAUCAAAAUGGCCACCGAAAUACAUUCAUUAAGAUUCGGUGCACUAUCGCCAAACUUUGCACUUCACAAAAGUUUACAAAGAAUUAUAGAUCUCUACAUUCCGGAGGAUAUUUCAAAUGCACAAGACAGACUUUACAUAUCUCUUACUGAUCAGAAGAGGAACGUUAAUAAGCUGAUUUCACGAUUCACGUCAAGGGAUUACUUGAUAGACUCUUUGCUGGCCAGCUGUUAUAUACCGCUCUAUUCCGGUUCCUCUCCUCCUGUAAUUGAUGGUGAUCAAUACAUCGAUGGCGGAUUUACGAAUAAUUUGCCGAUAUUUGAAGAAAUGCCGACAAUUACUAUUUCUCCAUUCAGUGGAAGUGCUAUGAUUGCUCCAAAUGAUUACGAUUCGGUGAGACCAUUUCGUGAGUGGCGCUUGCGAGUUGGUACACAAGAAUUAAAGGUAAAUGUGCAAAAUAUGAUUCGGGGAGCGCAGGCUCUAUUCCCUCCAAAUCUUGAAAUUUUGAGAAAUUACUAUGAAAUGGGCCAACGUGAUGCGAUGAGAUUUUUAUUGGAUGUUGGUAUUUUGGAACGACAGCUGGGUGAUGCCGUUUGAUAUGGGCAGGAUUUUAAUUGAUGUUAUCGCGUAGCAUCAUUUUCGAGCUUGAAUAUAAAUGCUUUUAUAUAAAAGUGCUUCUCUUGCUUUAUUUUAUAUAGUGAUUGCCGAUUCUUUUGAUAUGUAUUUACUUUUAAUUGGAUCGUAAUUAAUUUAAAUCUUGUCCUUUUUUUUGGUAGAUUUCAUGCAGUGAGGAGAAGCUUGACGUAGACUUUAGUUGUUUAUUCUUUGUAUUUCGUGAAUCUUACACAGUUAACUGUCCUUUUUCAAUUGCAACACUUUUCUCUUUUUCCCAUUAUUUUUAUCUAAAAUCGAUAUAAUGACUGUUUUGAAUAUUUCUAUUCGCAUUUGUAUUACAAUUUUUUGC